UUAAAUAUAUAAAAUUGAUGUUAAAAUACCAUUCACAUUAGUACAAAUAUUUAUACAUAAAAAGGUCUACAAUCUAAAUUCUAUCUAUAAUGAAGGUUUAGCACAUUCCUUAUAUUUUCAUCAAUUUGGUUGUGUUUUUCUGAAUCAGCAGUCUGUUGCAUAACCUUUUUUUUGGCCAAACACAAGAAAUACAGUCGCCCACGUACCAAAGUACCCUGUGCAUCUGUAUUGACUUGGGAUCUUGAAGAAACUCAUUGAGGGUCUGUGAAAAAUCACUUCUUUGGUGCAUAGAAUUGAACAUCUGCUUGGCCAUAGCAAAAGGAGGACACCAUGGAUGUUGAUUCACAGCAGACUAUGGAGGAAACCAUCCUGGUGGGUGAUGAUCUGAUGAUGGGCCCUCCAUCACCGGUCAUUCCACCUGAGAUAGCGUCUCAUGUGCUCGAAGGUGUUGAUCUCUGUGACGGAAUCUUGAGAAAUCUGUUCCUCUGCUUACAAAUCAAUGAUAUCGAGCCAUUCUGUCAGGAUGAGAUUGCUUUAUAUCGGCAAUGUGCAGAGAGAAGGGAUAAGGAGCUCAGACGACGCCUUCAAGAUAGUGAACAGAAAUUAGGGAUGUCAAUGCCUCUAGAUCAAGCAAAGGAAAGAGCCACUCAACUAGAAUCAGAAGUCACAUCACUGGAGAGGCACUUAAUUUUGGCAAGUGGAGUUGAAGGUAUGGAAGGUUUUCGGCAACGAUGGAGUCUACAUGGUCGCGUAACUGAUACCAAGAGGAGGCUGGAGGCCCUGAAGGGGGGAAUGGAGAACAGAAAGAAGGAUGAGCCAGCUGAAAAUAUCUCUGCCAAGAAAAACUGGUCCUUCUGGUGGAAACAAUAGUUACUCCUCCCUCACCAUCCAACAAAUUGUUACACUUUUAUUGCCAUUGUUGGUUUCGUUUUACACAGGUGAAUCCAGGAUUUGAAGUUUUAGGGUUCCUACAGCAACCGCAUGUUAGUAUACAAUAAUAUUUGGGUUCACAGUUAAAGAUAAAUAUAGAUAUUCAGUGAGUUUCUUGAUAUGUACGUGUUCUGUGCAAAAAUAUUUGGAUUCAUGUGAACUCAUGUUAUAUGUUUGAAGUUGUGUUCUUAGUAGAGUUGUAUUUCUAGUACCACAAAACA